AACUAAUUUGGACAAUUUAAUUUGUACUACUUUGCUUCUGCACGUGGCAGAGUUUGGGUUUGUUGCAUUUAUUCAACUCGUGCAGACAAAAAUCAAUAGUAAUCUUGCGAAAUCCCAAUGAAUAAUAAUAAGAGUAAUCUGCAGGCUGCUGGUGACCUUAAUCUUCUCUGGCAGUCGACUCAGUGCAGACAGGACUGUGGCUGUUGUGGCGAAGGUAAAUUCAGAUUAAAGUAAAAACGGGCUUCAGAUGUUUCCAGCUGCUAAAUUCAGCCUCGAAUACAAACGCUGCUUCUCGUUGACGUCGCCUGACGCCGAUCAUUGCGUGAGGACGCUGCUCUGUAAAAAAUGGCCCAUAAUGGGGCCGCGUUCGCCAUGAACGUGUGUUUUUGUUCGCGUUUACGCUGGUACACGUUGAUUAUGUUCUCUAUGAAACCAGACGAUGCUCCGUUAGUGACAAACAGCCGCCGUGUGUCGGUGGGUUUGACGUGUGACUCUAUAUUCGCGUCCGUGGAUGAUUCACUCCAGCAACACGAAGUGUGACGAGCCUCGAUGAGCCCGGACGCGUCAUCUUUUGCAGCGGAGGCCACCUUCUUCCCCGAUGGUCAAUAUCCUCCAUCCGUCCGUCCGUUCAUGCAGAUCACAACUCGGAUGGCCCUCAGCUUCGCUCCAGUGGGCGCUUACGCUUCGUAAGGCGGGAUGUUCCUCGUCGUAGUCUGGUCUAUGCGCGUCCUUCCCACCAUGGAGUAGCGCGACAGGGACCUUCCGUCCUGCAGCCUGCGGGGAGAGACGGGGCUUCACGCAGACCGGAACGCAGCCAGCCCGGGAUUACGGCGUCGAAAAUGUUCGGUGUGUCAAAUUCAGGAGGAGACGCGUCGACCGGAUGAUGGUCAUGGGCUCAGCAGACAGAACUGGGGGCUGUGAGUCACACGGAGGCAGCAGGAUUAAGAUGGUGGCAAAGAGAAAACAGGUCCAGAAGGAGAGUGCAGUUAUGUAAGAGUCCGUGAGGAUGGACGCGCUGCAGCAGUGCAUUCUGCCCGAUCACAGGAAGUGACAGCAGCCACAUGCGUCCUGGCCCGUUCGUCUCAGCCUUACAUAACCUGCUCAGUGAGGAGGUGUGAACAUGUUGGACCCUUGGCAUCGGCAGCCGUACAACCUUGUGGCUUGGCCGUGCUCUGUAGCCUCCGCUGUCCCCUUCCUCCCACCUGAUCACCUCCUCCCGGUCAAAAUGCCGACCAUGCUGGAAACGGUACUGGCUCAGUCGGAGCGGGAGCUGGGCCCCGGGCGGCUGAACGGCUGCGAGGCAUCCAGCGGCCGCUACAAGCUGGUUCCCUCCGUCAUCUGCUCCAUGUGCUGUCUCUUUGGCAUCAUCUACUGCUUCUUCGGCUAUCGGUGCUUCAAAGCCGUGAUGUUUCUGACUGGCCUCAUGUUCGGCUCCGUCGUCAUCUUCAUGCUCUGCUACAAGGAGCGCGUGCUGGACACCCAGCUCAGCGUGGAGGCGUCCGUGGGCAUUGGCCUGGGCAUCGGCACGCUCUGCGGCCUGGUCACCAUGCUGGUCCGCAGCGUGGGCCUCUUCAUGGUGGGCCUGCUCCUGGGCCUGCUGUUGGCCGUGGCCACCCUGGUGGGCAUGGAGGAGCUGUCCGACAGCCCCCCGCGCUCCGUCUGGGUGCCUCUGGGCGUGCUGCUUGGCCUGGGCAUGCUGUUCGCCGUGCUCACCCUGCAGUGGCAGCGUCUGUUUACCACGCUGUCCACGGCCGUGUUCGGCGCGGCCGUCAUCACUGUGGCGCUGGACUACUUUGUGGAGCUGUUUGCCCUGGUUCUCUACAUGUACGAGCGCAUGAAGGCAGCACCAGCCAAGCCGGUGUGCUGGCUGAUGUGGGUGGUGCUGGGCGUGUGGCCGGCCCUCACGCUGCUCGGCGUGGUCAUCCAGUGGAAGGUGACGGCCGGGGGGUACUCCCACACCAAGGUCAUCAUCAGCCGGCAGCAGAGGAGGAUGCAGGUGAUGCGGAUUCGCCAGCGAGACGAGCGUUACCACAACAAGAAGAAGAAGAAGCAGCAGCACGGCUCCGCCUCCCACCACCACCAGGCCAAGCAGCUCCAGGAGCCUGCCUACCGCCGCAAGCCCAACCCCAUACGCCGCUACGACACCGACGUCCUGUCACCAAGCUACAUCCAGAGCUUCCGUGACAGACAAGUGCAGGCGCAGCCCUUCCCAGGCCACUUGAUCGGUGAAGCCCAUGCUGUGGUGGACGUAGCCUACAACCGCAGCUCCAUGCCUCCCCAAACAGAAGCGGCAGGACCUUCACUGCGAAUCUGACCAAUCGUCCGGCCCCCUGAGCCCUGAACGCAUCACUGAGCCUGGAACAUACAUGACUGUAUAACAGACAAACAAAGAGGUUCAAAAACAGUUCUAGAAAGAAACAAACUGGUUUAUCCCUUCAUUCAUUGUUAUAAGGUGAAUCUGUCUGUAAGGCUGCUGCUGCUGCAGCCGUGCAGAGCUUCAUCCAUGCACUUAAAUGACCUGUGCACUCACUAGUCUUAGGCACUUUUUCCUGAGUCCUGCUGGAGUCCAAUCACAGGGCGGGGACACAUAUAGACCCAGUCAACCUGGCUGCAUGUCUGCAGACAUAGUGCCACACAGCAAGGCACCUGGACGACCCCGGAAUUGAACCCUUCUUGCUGUGAGGCAAAAAUACUAACCACUACACCACGGUGCCGCCACAGCCUGUCCAGUACGUCACUGACUCAUGUCAAAGCGGUUCAGAUUGGAGCUUUGGUGCAGCCAACCUCAGGUUCUCACACAGGCUCUGUAUGAACAUCAAAAUACAACCUUACCCUUGUGGUAUUUCUACAAACUCCUGCUCUCUAGAUGAGUUCUCUGCCUGCAGUCUUUUUAAAUGUCCAACAAAUAGUGUAUAAAGGGAAGUAAGGGCCGUUAAAUGCAAACUGUGCCAUGUGGACUAGAAACAUCCUCCUUGAGGUAAGGAUGUUACAUUUUGAAGGGUGGAAACCCUUCAUCACUCUGGUGCUGGAUGAUCCUCUACUUCAACUGUUAAAUGGGUGCCUUGUCCCUCCUUGGACAGGACUAUUCAGGAACCGGAGGGGGGAUUAUUGGCAGAUCUCCCAUCAGUGGCUUGUUUUUGCUGUGCAUGUGAACACAGAAGGAGCCAUAAAGCUAAAACAGCAGCAAAUACAUCCUGAAGAGGCCAGGAUCUAUGAGACCGAUUGGGUUUUAGCUGAUGGUCGGAAAGCCAUAUUUGCAUUGGUACCUCAAAUCAAACCAAACAACAUUUAAAAUGAUAGAAAAAUGUUUCCUUUCAUCACUGCAGCUUAGAGUUCGAUCUCUGACAGAUUCUGCUGUGAACCUUAAAUGUCCCGUUAUGCAAAAGGCACCUUUUAGAUUAUCUGGUGCAUUUAUGUGACAACAUGGUGCAUGUAGACACAGUGUGGUAGAAGUUCACUUCCUGUUUUUUGCACAUUUGGCUCAUUAGUCUGAUCCCUUUGUUCACCUUGUUAACGAGUGUCAUCUCACAGCAUCACCACAGGCUCGGCCCAAAACUAACCUGCACCCGACUGCGAUAGAAUCAGAAUCUGAAUUGAGAUCGGAAAGGUGAGGUUGUUCUCUAUAACAGUACAGUAUGUGACGUACCUGCCUCUGUCAUCGCUCUGUCAGAAUGAGUUCAAUGCCAGCAAUCAGCCUGGAUGAUGACAAGGAUGCUGUGACCUGACCUCCUCUACGUUGUACUUCAUACAUUUAGGCCUGAGACAUCAGACACCAUAGGCUGACAAAUAGGGGGAUCCACAGCAAUAUUUACAGACGCCCUACUGAGACAACGAGGUCCAAUAUUGCUUGGCCAGAACCAAACUAAAUUAGUGGUCUAACUGAAAUUGAAAAUAAUUUUUGCUAAGAAUGUUUAUGUGUCUGUGUACAUACAGUAAGUUGUGGCUCUCUUCGUUUUUGUAACAUCAUAUGCGCUGGCCUGAAGCGUUAGGAAAUUACUGGAAAUUAGGAGCAUAACAAGCAACUAAUUAAAACUUUACCAUUUGGUCCAAUAUUUUUUAGGAUUUUUUUUAGAAUAAUUUGCCACAUUGUGUCUGAGGCAGCAUCUGUACAGGGACUAAGCUAAAGCGGUGCAACCUCGUCAAACCCAAAAUAGCAUCCUGUGAAAACAGUCGACAGCAUUGUCAGGCUGAUGUUGUGACAGCGUCACAGUUUACACCUUUGGAAGUGAAACUAAGCAGCUGAUGGAUCAUUCUAGAUUUUGAAUCCUAUGUAGAAAGAGGCUACUUCAAUAAUGUUAAAUGCAUCAGAGCUUUGCUUGAUGCUAUCUGGCCUCUCAGUUUGAGUUGUCCCCGUUGUGUUAGAUAGAACACAAGAAAUCCACCAGAUCGUCAAGACUCUCAACCUUCUGUUGAAAAUGUGACGACUGUAGCACUUGUUACAUUUUCUUCACAGAUUUCCUGCCAAACCUGUUGUGGAGACGCUGGUGAACACUUUUAUUGGCCUAAUUUUACACCACAAUGAAGUUGUGAAAACACAUUUAACCACGAAACUUUACACGCCAUUAUCUUGAUUUGUCUGGUGUCCUAAUCAAAGCACGCUACAGGAACGAGUCCAGGCUGAGGUGUCACUGUAAAUAAGGCCCAGUGCGUCUGAAUGGGACCAGUGGCCAUACUAACCUACUUAGUUCCCAUCCCACGCGUUGAUUUUCUUAUUUGAAUGAUAAUGUGAUUUUUUUGUUGCUCUCUAUUAAAUGACAAGCAAACAACGACGAACUGUACAUUGUUAUUUGUCUGAAGCCAGAUACGUGGUCUCAUCCCCGUCAGCCCAGCGUGGCUUCACUGUGGCUCCCCCCAGACACGUUUCAUCACUUCUUGAUGUUCAUCAAUGUGAAGUUUGUACAAACAGUAAAACACAGAAGCCACUUUUUUACUUUUCUUUUAAUUAAAGCUUAUUUUCUUGUGAUUUAAUGACAUGCUUUUCUGGUAGGAUGUAUUUAUUUGCUGAUCUAUUUAUUUCUCUGUAGACGACACUGACAAGUCAGCACUGUCGGCCAGUAACGGACUAUGACCAUUAAAGCAUGUGUUCCUGUA